CUCCCGGCUCUGCGCUCGCCGUCCCGCCCGGCCGCCCCGCGCGGCUCCUUCCCUCUAUGGAUGGGAAGGCAGCACCCAACGGCGUGGCCACCAUCGAGGACAGGAUCCUGCGCAUCACCGGCUACUAUGGAUAUUACCCGGGAUACUCCAGCCAGAAAAGUGCCUCACGAUCAUCUGUCAUCCAAUGCAAGCCAGGAGGCAACUGCCCCAGCAGACACAGAGGCAUGACUAGGCAGCUCUCCCCUCUAUCUGUGGCUGAAGAUUCUGCUGCUCCCAUUCUUGAGCUGCAGAAUCGAAGUCCCUCGGGAAUCUGUCGGCACAGCAGAGUCGAGAGGCAGAGCAGAUCAGGAGAAGAAGGAACACAAACGCACACAGAGAGCAGCAGCCAAGAAGCUGAAGGACAGACACGAUGCCAGUCUUGCACAUCCACAUUUCUCAAGCUAAUCUGGAGAUUCCUGAUCAUUCUGUCCGUCUCUUCCUCCUGGGUUGGGACCACACAGUUUGUCAAAAUCACUUUUGAGACCUUUGACUGUCCCUUUUUCAUGACUUGGUUCUCAACAAACUGGAACAUUAUGAUUUUUCCCAUUUAUUAUUCCGGGCACCUUGCAACUGCACAGGAAAAGCAGUCUCCAAUCAAAAAAUUCAGGGAAUGCAGUCGGAUUUUUGGUGAAGAUGGUCUGACGCUGAAACUCUUUCUUAAAAGGACUGCUCCCUUUUCUAUUCUGUGGACUUUGACUAACUACCUGUAUUUACUGGCUUUAAAGAAGCUGACAGCCACAGACGUCUCUGCCCUGUUCUGUUGUAACAAAGCUUUUGUCUUCUUGCUUUCUUGGAUUGUGCUCAAAGACAGGUUCAUGGGAGCAAGGAUAGUGGCAGCAAUAAUGGCAAUCACAGGAAUUGUAAUGAUGGCAUAUGCAGAUGGUUUCCAGGGUGAUUCAAUUAUUGGGGUGGCCUACGCCGUGGGAUCAGCCUCCACAUCUGCACUCUAUAAGGUUUUGUUCAAAAUGUUUCUUGGGAGUGCAAACUUUGGGGAAGCAGCUCACUUUGUGUCCACCCUGGGCUUCUUCAACUUCAUCUUCAUCUCCAUCACCCCCAUCAUCCUCUACUUCACAAAAGUGGAGUACUGGUACCCCUUCUCUGCUGUGCCAUGGGGUUACCUGUGUGGAGUAGCUGGCCUCUGGUUAGCUUUCAACAUCCUGGUUAACGUUGGGGUGGUGCUGACCUACCCCAUCCUGAUCUCCAUCGGCACCGUGCUCAGCGUCCCUGGAAAUGCAGCCGUGGACCUGUUGAAGCACAAAAUGAUCUUCAGCGUGGUGCGGCUGGGGGCCACCAUCAUCAUCUGCAUGGGCUUCCUGCUCAUGCUGCUGCCCGAGGAGUGGGAUGAGAUCACCCUGAGGUUCAUCAACAGCCUGAAGGAGAAGAAGAGCGAGGAUCACUCCGAGGACAUCACGGAAUCCAGCGUGCACACGAGGAGCAGGAGCAGAGCCAACGGGACAGUGUCCAUCCCGCUGGCGUAGGGCUGGAGGAGUCUCCCUGCAGGCAGAUGUAUAUUCUGUGAAUAUAGCUUAACUUUCCUCACCACCUGUAUGCUUCAAAAAACGUCAUCUAACCUGAGCAGGGGAUGAACUGUAAGAUAAGAGAAGUACAUCUAUAAUAAAUGUUUACAUUUAUACACUUAACGAGG